CGUGCAUACACACUUGUUAUAUUAGCUUACAUAUCACUUUAUCUAUCGACUGUAUAUACGCACAAGUCCGUUUCUACCAUCUACUACCAGAAUCAGAAUAAUACUAAAGGGUAUUGCUUCUGGAUCGGCAUUUAUACACAACAUAUAAGCUUCUAUAAUACUUAAAUAUAUAUAUAAAUCAACAGGAUGCCUGCCGUUAAAAAAAGUGUGCCUGACAAGAGGGCUGCAACUGAUCCCGCAGAGGAUUUCAUAAUCUUGCCCGCCGACAGCGAGAGUGAGUGCGAAAGUGAAGUGUCUGACAAUGACGACGACAAGACCGAGGAGGUGGCUUCUGAGGGUGCUGUAGCUAACAUUGCGGACCACAUGGACAAUGCGGAGACGUCUAAGAUACGGGCACAGAUUGAAGAAACUCUAGGCUCAGAAGUGGUGGCUGAGACGACGGCCGGGGGCAAGCGCAAGAAGGUCAAGAAGGUCAAAGGAGAGAACCUAACCGGCAAGCGAGGUGUGGUGUACCUAGGGCACAUUCCUUCUGGUUUCUAUGAGGAGGAGAUGAAGGCUUUCUUCGGCCAGUUCGGAAGUGUUACCAAGGUCAAGCUGAUGCGUAGUAGAAAGACCGCCAAUAGCAAAGGAUAUGGUUACAUCGAGUUUGAACACGAGGAAGUCGCCGACAUUGUCGCAUCGGCUAUGAACAACUACCUUCUAUUCGAGCGAGUAUUACAAUGUAAACGAGUGCCCGAAGGCGAGGUUACGCCCGUCAUGUUCAAAGGGCAUGACAAGAAGUUCAAGAAGGUAGACUGGCUUGCACGUGAACGUUUCGCCUCGAGAAAGCCUAAGACUGCGGAACGGGUGCAGGCCAUCACCGCCAACUUACUCAAGAAGGAACGCAAACACAGAGCCAAACUUGUUGCACUGGGCAUUGACUACGAGUACCCAGGAUAUACCGCUGAGGCCGCAACUAAGCCUGAAGCCACCGUCACAGAGCAAACAUCAGAAAAGGCCCCGGAAAAGACCCCUAAAGCCGAGUCAGCACCCACCCCCAAUAGCACAAAGAAAAGCUCGGGCAAAACCGCGAAGUCAAAUACAAGCACACCCACCACACAAAAAGCACCUGCACAAGCGGCUAAGAAGACACCGACUACUAAGAAGGCACCUACGCCAAGCCCUGCGCCUGCUGCGGGGAAAAGAAAGGCGACCCCUCCGAGUGCGUCUAAGUCAUCUAAGAAGAAGAAGAGUAGUGCGUAAGGGAAUAGAAGCUUGGCUGUUAUAAUAUGGGAGAUGAUGUGUUGUUGAACAUGUCAUGUCAAUGAUUUAGAAAGAGUGUUUGGGAUCUACCUGUGCGUGUAUGGAAUAUAAGAUGGCUGGAUACUGUAAUAGAUGCAUUAUGCCAUACUCUAGCAAAGCUCCAACACACAUACAUGCAAUGACACACGUGUGGAAGAGCCCGGUAUUAGUUGGACAGAGUCCAGACACGCAUAACCCGGAUGUAAAUAAAUAACGUCAGUCCGAUACUGAGACUUGGCGAUUUCAUAUAUUUUCCGA